UUGUGUGUGCCCGGAUGAUUAUGAGGGACUUCAAAACCGUAUCAUCAACUGAGGGGUGGAAGAUAAUGAGCCGUUCCAAUCCUGCACUUGAACAAGAGCUUCUAGAAUUUGUUGUAGAGGCAGAUACGGUAUGAUAGUUCUGAUAGUUCAUCAAGAACUGUUUUUAUUUUCUGGUCGGUGUCAUCCUACAUAAAAAUAGCAUGAAAAUAUAAACUAAGAACAUAUACUGAUUUGGUCCCUCUAAUAUACAUCAUUGGUCAAUUUGGUUUUCAACUUUUGAUUAGAUUCGAUUUGGCCCUCGUCUCAGAUAUUUGGACUUAAUUUAGUAAGCCUUCUAGGGAUGCACCCCUGAACGGGACUGUUUUUUUCUAAACCGGAAUUCGUAAUGACUAAAUAAACAGUGCCAACCGAAGAACUUGAACCAACACAACUCAACCCAAAUAUGGGUCUGGUUCUACCAUUUACUUUACCAGAGCUGAAAUCGGAUUGGGUCCCCAGGUGUUAUACUCAUAAAUAUUUGGUUAGAAAUGUGCAUGAAGACUAAAUCAAGUCCAAAUAUUCCAUAAUUAAACACCAAAUUGAAUCCAAAAGAAGUCAAAUAUCAGUUUAGUAGUAUUAUGUAGUCUAGGGAGUAGGGACCAAUUAGAGUAUUAACUCGUAAUAAUCAUACAAAACAUUGGAUUACCCCUGCUAUUAGAUGAUGUUGAUUGAACUUGUGCAAUCAUAUGCUUGUAUAAGCAUACAGCUAAGUGUUUAUAUUACAGUGACUGUUUUAGAGGAAGCAAGAGCGGGUGAAGAAAACUGAAGAGAAAAAGGUAUAUUUGCAACUAUAUGAGGCCAUGGAGGCUCUACUUCAUAUCUGUAAGGAUGGGUGUCGAACGAUCGGACCAAGAGAUAUGAUGCUUAAAGGAGGCCCCGAUGCAUGUAAUUUUCCAGCAUGCAAGGGACUUGAAACUCUGAUCCGCCACUUCUCUGGUUGUAGUACCAGAGUUCCAGGCGGAUGUGUGCGGUGUAAACGAAUGUGGCAACUUCUUGAGCUUCACUCGCGGAUGUGCAUUCAACCUGACUCUUGUUGUGUUCCUCUUUGCAGGCAUUUUAAGCAGAAAAUGGUGCAACAUACCAAGAGAGAGGAAGCAAAAUGGAAGGUAUUGGUGAGCAAAGUGCAGGCAGCAGAGGUUAGGCUUGGACUAUUCUCAACUAAGCGGUCAGCUUUUUGUUACGACCUCUAAAACUGUACAUAUGAUGAGUUGGUGCUUCAAUGAAUAAAUGGUCAAAUAUUUUGUAGACCAUAUUGUAAGGGUAUAGGGUAUAUAAUCUGUCACAGGAAGAUAGUGUGAAAGGUAUAAUGUUAUAGGUCAAAUUGUGUCUUGUAAAAUUCCCACAUAUGAGUGAAUGUUGAAAUCUACUUUUCUUGUCUUGGAAAAGGUUAGUCUUCGUUAAUAUGGUAAGAAAUCAUAUCUUGAACAACCAUGCUACCGGUAUACUCCGUACCUUCUUGUACACACCAUUUCAUUUUGUAUGUGUAUGAACACUUUUUUUCAUUUUGUAAAUGAAAUUGUUUUUCUCACCUACAAAGUAUCGGGAAUAUCUUCACAAAAUGAAGAAAAAAUAUCUGCC